UUCGAUUCUGAGUGCGGUUCUCGCGUGUGUUGGAACACUUCUUUUUGUCCUGUUGAUAGUUUAAAAGCGAACGAGCAGAAGCAACAUGGAAAUGGCUUUGAGUGACUUUGGCCGAAAUCGCGGACGUCGUCCUGUCGCAGCCUGCCUGUUAAUCGCCUUGUCGCUGGUGCUCAGCGAGGCGCUGCUGUCGCCGGCUCUGGCGCAGCGUGACGACAAUUAUCCACCGAAGAACGUACUUAAAAUGGCCAAGCUCUUCCACGACCUCUGUGUGGAGCAAACCGGCGUCAGCGAGUCUGCGAUCAAGGAGUACAGUGAUGGCGAAGGCCGUGAGGAUGAAAAGCUCAAGUGCUAUAUGAAUUGUUUGUUCCACGAGUUGGAAGUGGUCGACGACAAUGGCGAUGUGCAUCUAGAUACGCUAUUCCACUCGGUGCCGCACUCGAUUCGAGACAAUCUGAUAGCCAUGUCCCAGCAGUGCGUACACCCCGAAGGCGAUACGCUGUGCCACAAGGCCUGGUGGUUCCAUGAGUGCUGGAAGAAGGCCGAUCCCAAGCAUUACUUCCUACCAUAAAGCUGAGCGGCAUUUGGGUUGCGUUUCGAAGGUCUUAAAAACGGUUUAGAAUUCUAAUUUAGUUGUGUGUUUAGCUGGUGGUGCUAUAAUUGUUAACAACUUUUAGUUUGAUCACAUAAUAAAAUUAGUUGGCUGCAAAAAUGAAAUCUUUAAA